GCAGUAGGAGGCUAUUUUUUUUGGGGGGGGUGAGUAGCGUCCAUGGAGUUACUUUGCGCCCACUCCUAGCGGCACCGGCGCAGGGCGUGGAGGGCUGACCGUCCCCAGCAGGGGUGCGGGGUUUGAGGAGGGGGGGACGCCGCGGGCCGGGCCGCCUCCCUCGCCACGACCCCGGAUGGAUGCGCGCCCCCCGUCCUCCCGCGCCGGCCCCAGGAGCUCCUGGCUUCGGGAGCAUCCUUCCCGCGCCGGCCCCCGCUGCGGCGCGUAGCCGAGGGCAGCGCCCCUCGGGAGGGCACCGUGGAGCAAGGGCCCCAAGCAAGCACACCGGCCCUCUUGGCCCUCCUGUCCCAUCUUCCUCGGGCGGGUUGGGACUCGCAGAACCAUCUACUGAGCAGAUGGAAGAGAAGAGGCGAAAAUAUUCCAUCAGCAGCGACAACUCCGAUACCACUGACAGUCACGCGACAUCCACAUCAGCAUCAAGAUGCUCCAAACUGCCCAGCAGCACCAAGUCUGGCUGGCCCCGGCAAAACGAGAAGAAGCCCUCAGAGGUUUUCCGGACAGACUUGAUCACAGCCAUGAAGAUACCAGAUUCAUACCAGCUCAGCCCGGAUGACUACUAUGUCCUGGCAGACCCAUGGCGUCAAGAAUGGGAGAAAGGUGUGCAGGUGCCUGCUGGAGCGGAGGCCAUCCCAGAGCCUGUAGUGAGGAUCCUCCCACCACUGGAAGGCCCCCCUACACAGGUGUCCCCAGACAGCCCUACACUUGUUGAAGGCUCCCAUCCUGACUGGCCAGGAGGAAGCCGCUAUGACCUGGAUGAGAUUGACGCCUACUGGCUGGAACUCCUCAACUCGGAGCUCAAAGAGAUGGAGAGGCCAGAGCUGGACGAACUGACAUUAGAGCGUGUUUUGGAGGAGCUAGAGACAUUAUGCCACCAGAAUAUGGCACGGGCCAUCGAGACACAGGAGGGGCUGGGCAUUGAGUAUGAUGAGGAUGUUGUCUGUGAUGUGUGCCGCUCCCCUGAGGGUGAAGAUGGCAAUGAGAUGGUCUUCUGUGACAAAUGCAAUGUCUGUGUGCACCAGGCAUGCUACGGAAUCCUCAAGGUGCCUACAGGCAGCUGGCUGUGCCGGACAUGUGCCCUGGGAGUCCAGCCCAAGUGCCUGCUCUGCCCCAAGCGAGGAGGAGCCUUGAAGCCUACCAGAAGUGGGACCAAGUGGGUGCAUGUCAGCUGUGCCCUGUGGAUUCCUGAGGUCAGCAUUGGCUGCCCAGAGAAGAUGGAGCCUAUCACCAAGAUCUCACAUAUUCCAGCCAGCCGUUGGGCCCUGUCCUGCAGCCUCUGUAAGGAGUGCACGGGCACCUGCAUCCAGUGUUCCAUGCCUUCCUGCGUCACAGCAUUCCACGUCACAUGCGCCUUUGACCACAGCCUGGAAAUGCGGACUAUAUUAGCAGACAAUGAUGAGGUCAAGUUCAAGUCAUUCUGCCAGGAGCACAGCGAUGGGGGCCCUAGGAGUGACCCAACUUCGGAGCCUGUGGAGCCCAGCCAGGCCGGUGAGGACCUGGAAAAGGUGACCCUACGCAAGCAGCGGCUGCAGCAACUAGAAGAAGAUUUCUACGAGCUGGUGGAACCAGCCGAGGUGGCCGAGAGACUGGACCUGGCCGAGGCACUGGUGGACUUCAUCUACCAAUACUGGAAGCUGAAGAGGAAAGCCAAUGCUAACCAGCCGCUGCUGACGCCCAAGACCGACGAGGUGGACAACCUGGCCCAGCAGGAACAGGAUGUUCUCUACCGCCGCCUGAAGCUCUUCACCCACCUGCGGCAGGAUCUGGAGAGGGUGAGUAGUGCAAGUGGGCCGUCCACAGAGGCCACACGCCUCUCUCUGUGCCCCCUGCCCUGGGGCAGCCAGGACUCAGGAAGAAUGGAUCCUAACAUCUCAUUGCCUGUGGUCCCACUUCUGACCUCUGUGGAUGAUGCCGUUAGGAAUCUCACCAUUGCAGUUAUUAGGUCCAAACGGGGACCUGCCAAGGCCCUGACUGUGUUGAGUGGGGAAGAGGGAGGAGAGUUACUGGGCACCAUCAGAGCAGAUGACUGCUCCCACCCCUGCCGAGAUCUAAGCUGUUACUUUGCAGCCACGAAGCGGUCUGGGAGGAGAGCAAAGUUCAAGAAGAGUGAUUCAAAGAGGAAAGGCCGUGAGGGUCCCAAGAGCAGCAGCCCAGAGAAGAAAGAGAAGAUGAAGGCUGGGCCGGACUCCGUCCUGGGGCAGCUGGGUCUGUCCACCUCAUUCCCCAUCGAUGGCACCUUCUUCAAUAGCUGGCUGGCACAGUCGGUGCAGAUCACAGCAGAAGACAUGGCCAUGAGCGAAUGGUCUUUGAACAAUGGGCACCGAGAAGAUCCUGCCCCUGGGCUGCUGUCGGAGGAGCUUCUCCAGGAUGAGGAGACGCUACUCAGCUUCAUGCGGGACCCCUCCCUGCGACCUGGUGACCCUGCCAGGAAGGCCCGAGGCCGCGCUCGUCUGCCGGCCAAGAAGAAACCACCCCCACUUCAGGAUGGGCCUGGUGCAAGGACCACUCCCGAAAAGCCACCCAAGAAGCCCUGGGGCCAGGAUGCAGGCAGUGGCAAGGGUGGGCAAGGACCACCUCCCAGGAAGCCAGCACGGAGGACGUCUUCUCAUUUGCUAUCCAGCCCUGCAGCUGGGGACUGUCCUGUCCCAGCAGCCCCAGAAAGCUCUCCACCACUGGCCUCCGAGACCCCAGAUGAGACAGACCCAAUGGCUUCCGACUCUAAUGUCCAAGUGCCUGUCCCUACAGUGAGCCCCAAGCCCUUGGGCAGGCUUCGGCCACCUCGUGAGAGCAAGAUCACCCAGAGGUUCCCAGGUCCUAGGUUUGAUGCUGGGACAGGACUGCCACCUGCUGGGGCUGAGCGACCAAAGGUCAACAUACACUUUGACCCUGAGGCUGAUGGCUACUUCUCUGAUGAGGAGAUGAGCGACUCAGAUAUAGAGGCAGAGGACAGUGGGGUUCAGCGAGCCUCUAGGGAGGCAGGGACAGAAGAGGUGGUUCGCAUGGGGGUACUGGCCUCCUAACUCACCCAGGCCCUGCCAUGGUCCCCGACAAGACCUCAGCCCAACCACAACUGCCAUUUCCAACUGCUGAGUGUCCCAGACCACCACUCUGUCGUGGUUUUAUUUUUAAUAUAGAAAGAGUUUUGAAUUCCACUCUGUUGUCUUUCCUCUGUGCUGGCCUAGGACAUCAGGAUUCCUCCCACAGCUCUGGCUACAGGGACCACGCCAGGUCCUGUGUGCCACCCCUGUCCUGACCCAGGUGAUAUCACUGGGCUUCUCGCUUGAUGUAGGCAAGGUGAGGAAGAGCUUAGGAUUCCUGCCCACUGCCACUGGAUGACACAGACUGUCGUUUGGGCAUUAUUUCAUGGCAGAUGGGCCAUCCCAGGGCCUGCCCCGCCUUGCCCCCCCACUGGGGCCCAUUUUGGGGGGGUCCUGCUGCACUCCACUGAUCCCCAAGGAAGUAUGUAACAAGUGAUACCCAGCCAGAGUCUACGCACUGUCACAAGCACAAAGAGUUUAUGAGAAAGCACUGAGGGGGUACAGGGGGCUGCUGCCUCCUGAACAGCCCAAAUCAUCUGAGGCCUGCCUGCCCGCCCACCACCCCCCUCCCUUUCUGCUCUGCCCCUGCCAGUGCCCAGCCCAAAUGGCUCUGGGAAGGGGUUCCCAGAAUCCUUCCUGAGCUGUGCCAUUUACUCAGGGGACUCCCCAGAUAGCCGGCCACCAGUACAGUGGAAGGCUCCAAGGGAGGGCCAGUGCCCAGCCCGGGGCUUGGGGCUCAGACCAGCCCACUGCAGAGAACACCCUGGGGCUCCAACUUCCCUUCUUCCUUUGGGGCCAGUCUCCACUAAAGUCUGCUCGCUCCUCGUGGAGCUGGCCAGACCAGACCGUUUGCCUUUUCAAGUUUCCUAGUCCUGCUAUGAGAUGAGCUUCUUCCUAGGUUUCCUUUGGGAAACACCUCCUUCCAACAAGUAGUGGGAUCCCGGGGCCCAGGGCAGGCCAAUGUUGGCCUGCUGGGGCUGGUUGAAGUCUUGCUGGAUGUUCCUAUAUUCCUGCCCCUUGGCGCCUUAACCCCCUUUCCCUCCCUCCUACACCCCUUUCCCCACCCUUUGACUCCCCCUUUUCCCAACACCCCCACCCCUAGUUCUGAAGACUUAAUGGAGUGGCCCCAGGGUGAUAGCUCAGGGAACAAAGGGAUACCGUGAAAACUUGUCUUUUUUCUUUUACGAAUUACUCCUGGGUCACUUCCACCACUGGUAAAGCCAGAACUUCUCCAACUAGAACCUUGCAAAAGUCCAGUGAACCAGUCGAAUCAUUCUAAGGAUGCCAAAGAAUAUUUUGACCAUAAUACACAGCACAGCCCGGACCUGACAACUGUCAACUUGGACUUCCUCUCAAUGGAGUUCCUUAGCAACCAAGUUCAGAGACAUGGUUAUCGCGCACACCCACAGAGGAGGGCCCGAGGCCUCGGAGGAGGCUUACAUGCUGCUGUUGCUGCUGCUGUUGGUUUUCAGUCCCUGGGCUGGGCUGCUGUGAGUGGUCCUAAACUCUGAGGACACCCCCCCCCGGUGUGGGGGGGAAAUCCUGACUGUGAAACCAGUGUGGUUCUCCCACACACAUACCACGCAAAUACACAAAGAGCAAAAUGCACGAGAACUUCACCCACCUCGACUCCAAAACUAUCAAGGUACGAUGGUGGCAUUGUUGCCCACACUCAAUUUCAUGUGAGUUUGAGCAAAACUUAGAAACAAAGAUAAUGAUUUCGGUUCAGUGGAUCGGAUGAACAUGUCUAAUCCAGAUGGACUCAGCGGGUGUGGGGUGGGCUCUAAGGAUCCUGGCGUCGGGAUGGCAUCAGCUACCGUCUAGACUAGUCUGCCUGCUGCCUUGAUAAUAGUGACAGUGCAGUGUCAGCAUCAGCAUCCCCACCCCAGUCUCUGUUUACUGCCUUUAUUAUAGACCUUCCUUCCCCCUGUGCUUGGGUCACUUGUGAUGGCAACCUCAUCCGCUAGAUUGCCUGGUCUGACCCUGCGGGGAGCAAAGGGCAGAGGGGCUUAAAGAACAACCAAAUGCUGAGAGGUAGGGGUAGGUGUGACCCUGACACCUCCAUUCCACCUUGGGGUAGGCGGUAGGCUCUGUGGGUAGAGGUUAAGGGUGAGUAUAGGGGAUCCUGUCCUUUGUCCAGGGCCUGGUCUGGGCAGGCAGAUGGGCAAGGCUAGCAUACAUUAGAGAGCCUCUGCUUGCUUUGGCCUCUGGGUUCUGGCAUCUCUUGGUUGCUGGCUUCUGGUUUGAACUAAACUAAUCCUUCAGGGUCUGCAUGCCACAAAGCCCAGGUGUCUGGACAGCCUGGCUGGCAGGCCUUUUCACUAGGCCAGGCCCUAGAGCAGUCCAUCAGGCGUCCAUGUCCACCUCUAGGUUGUCCAUCAGGCUGCAGGGAGUAUGAGGAUGCCAGGCUCUCCUCCCUGCCCCCAACAGCCCCCAGGCCUCCUCCCCCAUUAGCCACAGCCCCAGAGUGCCUCCCAGGCCACUGUCCGCAAUGUAGACAGCUUUGUCACCGCCCCCUCCCCAACCUAUUUCAGACCAGAGGCAGACCUCGAUCUUGCCCACAUCCACUGCCCCUCCCUAGGGAGGCAGACACUGCUCUGUAAUCCAUUCUGGCUGUUGUCCUCCAUUGGCACCAGUCCUGGCUGUCGUCCACCUCAUUCCCUCAUCACAUGACACAGGCUAAUGUGCAAGGAAAGUAUUUUUAUGUAUCAUAAAUGUAUUUUGGAACAAGUAAAGAGAGAGAUAGGGUGCUCGUUUAUUUUAUUAAGUGAUCUCUGACUAUGUGAACAGUGUGGAUCUUUGCAAUGUAAUGGCCUCAGGUUCCUUAGAAGCUGCCAGGGGUUUCCAGGCAUAGGGGUUGUCUUGCGCGCGUGCGCAUGCACAUGCACAGAUACACAAUGGGACUUCUUGCUGGGGUGGUUUCUAGAGAUUCAACUGCCUGAUUUUUCAAGAACAUUGGCAGCAGGUAGACUGGGUGGACUUGGCAUUUCCUUGCUUCUUGCCAGAUGUGGCCAGCCUGUGCCCAUGCCUGACGCUCUGCAGAAUGAUCCGUGAGCACUGUAGUAAGACCCUGGAGGAGGUCACUUCUGUGCCCAAAGAACCAGGGUUGGAACUGGGGACCUUUGGUUGUUCUUUAAGACUUCCUGCCACCUUUCCUCACAGGUGAGCACUUUGUGCUCCAGAUCAUUUUAGGGGUGGUGGUUGCAGGGGGGGUGAUAUGAAUGUCACAGGAGGAGACACCUUCUGUCUUUGUUUCAAAGAAAGUGAUGUGCCAUUUGUUAAUAUACAAGAGAAAUAUUGAAAAUAUAUUGAAAAGAGCAAUUUUAAAUUAUUUUUGGCUUAUGUUGCAAUAUUUAUUUUCUUGUAUUAGAAAAAAUUCCUUUGUAGAGAAAAAAAUGUAUUUUUCAUUACCGCAAAGACCUAUUUCUCCUUUUUGUAUAUUGUCCUUGUUUGCAACCCUUAACAAGCAAUAGAAUGUACGGUCGCCUCUGAGCGGCCAGUGCCCGCUGUGCCCUGCAUGAUUGUGUUGCUGCUGCUACAUUAACUCCCAAUCCUGUCCCAUUCUGCUUACUCACUGGGGCUGUUGGACUCCGGCCGUCACAAGGGCCUGUGUCUAAGGAGCCUUCUGCACUCCUCGUGUGUUGGCAAACGCAAUUAAUAAAGCAAUGUUUUCUGUG